GCCGGUUGGCAGUUCCAGUCUUCCAAAAGUCCACAACCAAAACCUCUCAUAAACCGUGGGCGUGGGCGGAAUUCAGGACACUUGGGUUGCACAUUGCUCAAUUUCUUUGUGCCCGUGGGCGGAAUUCAGGACAAACAGCAACUGUAUUCGAAAUUUGUGUAGUUAAUCGAGAUAUAGUAUUUUUUUUGGUGUUUAUUAUGCUAGGUAGGAUACUUGGUGGAUCCAUUCAUCCUUUUAUCAGGCCGUCUGCAAAUUGCUUCAAGCAGGAGACGCAUUCCACUUGUUUGAAAUCAUUCGAGUUAGUGAAGUUGGCUCCUUUUACUAGUACGGCUAGUGCUACUUCCCAGAUUGUUGAUGUUUUCGCAGAUGAAGACUAUGAAGCUAAUAGUUUUUUAGAUCCUAUUCAUUGUGUUGAAAAAAGUACAGGCCAUGUUGACCAUAGCUCAUGUUUGAGCUUACUAGAUACUUGUACUAGAAGUGGAUCUGUCUCAGACGCUAAAAAGAUCCAAGGAAGAUUCUUGAAAUUGGGGUUGGCCAGUGAUACGACUAUUGGGACCCGCCUUUUUUAUUUGUAUAUGUCCAGUGAUGAUUUGGCUGGUGCAUUACAAACUCUUCAUAACACACCUUCAUGGAGUUCAAAUGUUUCUCUGUGGAAUAAGUUGAUAUCGGGGUGUAAGAAAGAUGUAAGGAUUUUUUAUAUGUUUUCGCGGAUGAUGAAUGAAAUUGCCUGUCCAGACAGGAGUACAUUCACCACUAUUCUGAGAGCUUGUGGUGCUCCUGAGAUUGCAUCUCAUGUUCAUGCCAUUAAACAGAUCCAUGCUCUGAUUGUACAAUAUGGUUUUGCUGGGAAUUGCAUCGUUUGCAAUUUCCUGAUUGAUUUAUACUCUAGGAACUGUUUGGUAGAUUCUGCAAAAAAGGUAUUCGAGGAUCUUCAUUCCCGGGACAGUGCCUCAUGGGUUGCCAUCAUGUCCGGCUUCUGUCAGAAUGGUCAUGAAAAAGACACUGUUUUUCUUUAUAAUGAUAUGCGUAGAUUGGGAGUGAUGCCUACUCCAUAUGUUUUUUCAAGUGUUCUUAGUGCCACUACGAAGUUAUCGUUUCAUGAACUUGGAGAACAAUUCCAUUCUGUAAUCUUGAAGUGGGGAUACUUAUGUGAUGUCUAUGUGGGGAAUGCUCUUUUAUCAUUAUAUUCUCGUUGUGGAGACUUGAUAUCUGCAGAUCAUAUAUUUUCUGAAAUGAAUAUCAGGGAUAGAGUCUCUUAUAACACACUAAUCUCAGGCUUUUCCCUACAAGGGCUUAAUCAUAGGGCACUCAAACUGUUUGAUAAAAUGCAAAUGGAUUCCAUGAAGGCAGACUGUGUUACAAUUUCAAGCCUCUUGAGUGUGUGUUCAUCAUCUGGGGAUCUUCAAAAGGGACGACAACUACACUCAUAUGCAACAAAGGUGGGCCUAUAUUCAGAUACUGUUAUUGAAGGAUCAAUAUUGGAUCUAUAUGUGAAAUGUUCAGAUAUCGAAACUGCACGUGACUUUUUCCAAACGACCAAUAAGGAAAACAUAGUUUUGUGGAAUGUUAUGCUAGUGGCUUACGGACAGAAGGGUGACUUGAAGGAAUCCUUUUGCCUUUUUUCCCAAUUGCAGACGCUAGGUCUGCAACCUAAUCAGUACACUUAUCCUAGCAUAUUGAGAACAUGUACAUCUGUGGGUGAUAUAGACCUAGGUGAGCAAAUACAUACUCAAGUCAUCAAAACUGGGUUUCAGCCAAAUGUUUAUGUUUGUAGUGUUCUUAUUGAUAUGUAUUCCAAGCAUGGAAGAUUGGAUGCCGCAAGCGAAAUCUUUAAGAAUCUUGAUAAUGAGGAAGAUGUUGUCUCUUGGACAUCUAUGAUUGCUGGAUAUACUCAGCACGAUCAGUUUGUCGAAGCAAUAAGGCUUUUUUACCAAAUGCAGGACCGGUGUAUUCAAUCAGACAAUAUUGGGUUUGCCAGUGCAACAACUGCAUGUGCUGGAAUUCAAGCACUCAAUCCAGGAAGACAAAUCCAUGCUCAAUCGGUCAUCUCUGGAUACACAUAUGAUCUAUCAAUCGGAAAUGCACUUGUUUGUCUAUAUGCUAGAUGUGGUAAGGUGCAAGAUGCGUACUUGGUGUUUAACAAGACUGAUUCUAAAGACAAUAUUUCAUGGAAUGGGCUGGUAUCUGGAUUUUCCCAGAGUGGGUACUAUGAGGAAGCAUUAAAAGUUUUCUCAAGAAUGAAUCACUAUGGAGUUGAAGCUAAUAUGUAUACAUAUGGGCCUGCUGUUAGUGCAGCUGCUAAUAUGACGAAUAUCAAGCAAGGAAAGCAGAUUCAUGCUAGGAUGGUAAAAACUGGUUAUUAUGACUCCGAAAUAGAAUCUUCCAAUGUGUUAAUCACAAUGUAUUCAAAAUGUGGGAAUCUCAGCGAUGCUAAGAGAGAGUUUCUAGAAAUGAAUUGCAGAAAUCAAGUAUCAUGGAAUGCCAUGAUCACUGGCUACUCGCAACAUGGUCUUGGCAAUGAAGCAAUUCAACUCUUUGAGGAAAUGAAAAUGGCGGGGGUGGAAUCCAACCAUGUUACCUUUGUGGGAGUUUUGUCAGCCUGCAGUCACAUAAGGCUGGUGGAGAAGGGGCUGAGUUACUUCAAAUCCAUGAGUGAAGAUCAUGGUUUAGAACCAAGACCGGAGCAUUAUGCAUGUGUCGUUGAUAUUAUGGGCCGGGCCGGUCAACUUCAGCGUGCAAGAGAGUUUGUGGAGACCAUGCCGGUCCUACCUGAUGCAAUGGUUUGGAGGACCUUGCUGAGCGCUUGCACUGUUCACAAGAACAUCGAGAUUGGUGAACUCGCUGGAGACCACCUUUUGGAAUUGGAGCCCAAAGCUUCUGCAACUUACGUCCUUCUAUCAAACUUAUAUGCAGUUGUCGGGAGAUGGGAUUACAGAAAUUCCAUAAGGGAGCUAAUGAAAGACAUGGGAGUUAAGAAAGAGCCAGGCCAAAGUUGGGUCGAAGUGAAAAACACAAUUCAUGCUUUCUUCGUUGGUGAUAGGCUUCACCCAAUGGCAGAUGAGAUACAUAGAUUUGUGGUGGAACUGAAUGAACGUGUGGCCGGAGUGGGUUAUGUACAAGACAGUAACAGUCUUUGGAAUGGUUUGGAGGUGGAGCAGAAGGACCCCACUGCAUUUGUACACAGUGAGAAAUUAGCUAUUGCAUUUGGGCUUCUAAACUUGUCAGCCAACAUUCCCUUAUGUGUCAUGAAGAACCUUCGUGUCUGUAAUGACUGCCACAGCUGGAUUAAGUGUGUGUCUAAGGUUGAAAAUCGGGCCAUUGUUGUCAGGGACGCCUACCGUUUCCAUCACUUUGAGGAUGGUGAUUGUUCGUGCCACAAUUUUUGGUAACAAGAACCGUGGUACGGUGGUAUAGAGGAACAGUACACUGUGAUAUGGAAAGAGGGUGUGUCGUCCUGUUAACUCAGAAGACUUUUCUUGGCUAUGGAGCUGUGAGAGCAGAGGAACAAUAUCUGAUUAAGUACAUAGAAUGUGUUCUCCCAAAGAGGAGAAGGGUACAUCAUCGGCGAGAAGGCCAUUUGAGAGCAAAUCAUUGAUUGCUGCAAAUGGAUCAUGAGUUCUGGUGGGAGUCAUCCGGAAAGAGACAUCACUGGUUGUUAACCUUCGGAGUUAUGGGGCUGUCGCCGGUGUUUAUACAAAAUAGCCGUGGAAAUUUGUGCUUAUCAGUUGACAUUUGAACACAAUGCUUCUUCUAUUCUCGGUAUGGAUGAAUUGAAAUCUCUGCAUCAUUCAGGUAUUUGUGGCCAGCUUUGUGUUUAGCAUUAUCAUAAUUAUGAACUAUUAUAAUACAUAUCUUAUUUGUUAUGUUUUUAUUUUACAGUUUUGAUCACUUUUUCUUUCCUUGAUUCUUUUUCUUUUGCUUGAAUUUUUACACAAGUGUUCUCUAAUGUCCUCCAUAAUUGGCUCAUCAGAAUCCAUUCUAAUUAUUUACUCCUUUUUAGUUACAGAUUGGUGAGAUCCCUUUUUACAAGUAUAUUAUUUAUUUAGUCAUCAAGAGCUUCCACUCCUUAGACACUAACAAAUAAGGGUUUCACACGUCAUAUUUUUGCUUUCACUUUUUUCCUCAUUCUUCAUUGGUCACAGAUUAGUAGAUUACCACUCCUAAGUUUACAAGUGACUGAUAGGACCCAGGCAGACUAGGCUGAUAAUAGUAAUAAUAAUAGUAACUGUACGGGUAGUAUAAAUAGAAGGGAGGGAAAAAUAAGAAGGCAGCCAAAAAUUGGAUUUGGAAUUAGGCUUGGGAGUGCGAGACUACUCCAAGUGUCUCAGUCGGGUCUUAUUUCAGUUUCUUCUAUACUGUGGCUAAUUCUUACGUUGAUUUGUAAUACCUCAAGGAAUUUGAGAAUUUUCUCAGAAUUCCAGUGAUGAAUAUACAAAAGUAAUCUGCUGGAAUUGGAGUACUUGUCAUUGGUAUCAUAGCAGUUCAUUCUUGUGGCUGGUGAAUGAAAUUUACCCGAUCACAAAUGGAGAAUCGCUGGAAUAAUCUCGAGCAGAAAAUGGAUCGCAACAUGGAGCGCAACACCACAGAGGUGCGAUCGGUCAUGGAGGCCAUGCGCAAUAUGCGCGGAACGAUGGACGGAAUGAUGGCCGAGUUGCGCCAACUGGCGAUGAAUCAAAAUCGCCGGAGAACCAGGGGAUGAUCGCGAACUUCUAGAUGAUGCCUGGGCUCAACGCGUUCAACGCUAGCCACUCCUCACCAGUCAUCAUCACAAGCUGUUUCUCUGAGUUCGCAGGUUUCUUCUCGGUCUCUAGCCGCAUCUCACAGUUCCAGUUUGCCGACGCUACUCGUUCCUCACCAAUCGUCAUCGUGAGAGGCUUCUACCAGUUUGCAGAUUGCAUCUCAAGCUGUGUCUCAUAGUGCGCUAGCUUCGUCGCCAGCAGAAGAUCCUCGUUCCCUGACUUCUUCGCUUGACUAUUUUCACCGUUCGCAGGUUUUUUCGCAAUCAGAUUCUCCUGGUUCGCAGCAGAAGUCUGUUAAUCAGCCGCAACCUUCCAUUGAAGAUUAACAAAAUCACAGGGGCUGAUGAGGAGGGCCUGUCUCACCCACGAAUCCUUACCUAUGAUGUUCAGAGAUAUGCUCGUGCACUGGACCAAAACCCAGAAUAUUUUACAUGUUUGAUUGGUAGAGUUAUGAACUUGACUUGGCUGUUAUAAUGGAUAUGGUGCACCAUUGUUUAUUAAAGAGAAUUCUUGAAGGGCUGAAUAAGUUUGAUGGCUUCAGGUUUGAUGGUGUUACUUCUAUCAAGUAUAUUCAAAAUGGGUUGGGGGUAGGAAUAACUGGGAAUUGGAAGGAAAAUGUUGGAUAUACUACUGAUGGUUACGUUGACAUGUUUCUGGUGCGCGACAAUGAACUCAAUCCUGCUCUCUUCCCAGAUGCCUUGAUCUUUGGCAAAAAAUUUAGGAGAAUGCCAAUAGUUUGUAUACAUGUUCAAGAUGGACCCAUGGAGGUGUAGAUUUUGACAACCAGUCGCAUAUGGCAAUUGCUGGUACAGAGAUCAAGAUUCUCUGGAAAAGAGAUGAUGAUUGGGAAAGGGGUAACAUGGUUCACACACUUACUAAUAUAAGAGGGAUGGAGAAGGGUGUUGCUUAUGCUGAAAGUCGGGACAAAUCUCUGGUGGGUGACGGCGUUGUAAUACUCCUGGGUGCCUUGGCAAAUUCAUUGGUGCAGGAUGAUCCACAGAAUAUUGCAUUUGUAGAAUCAAAUUUCACUCAAUCAGAUACCAAGCUGGGGAUGAUAGUAAAGGGUUAAGUUAUUACUGUUGACUGUUUGUGUGCCAUUUUGCAAUUUGCAAGGGGCAUGAUAGCGAUUUGCCCUCUACAACAUAUGUUAGAAAUUGAAAUAGUAAAGCCGGGGAAGAAUUUUCAUGGAUGGGGCCUGAAAUAGCCUUUCGUGGGAUUGGUUGCAAGUCCAAAAGGAUUACAGUGAUGCUAUUGAAGUGCAGAAGGUCAGUUCUAACCCUGCAGUAAGACGAAUCAACCUCAGUUUUACAACAAGACUGAAGAGGUUGUCCGAGAAUGAAUUGGUUAAACCGGUAAAUGUCAUUUCUAGAACCAUUGAUCUAGUUACUCCUGAUGCUCAAAUUUGUUUGAAAGGAAUGAUUCUUCCGGAACAUUUAUACGAUCAUAGUAUAAAUGCUGGGUUAAGGAAGUCUAUCUUGAAACCUGGUUUUGAAAUUUACCAACUUUUGGUUCUUGAUGUUGAAGGUUGCAAUUUGGUACUUUCUGCCAAGUAUUCAGUUAAUAAUGAAUCUGGUCGGCUAACAGUGUCAUUGAAGCAGUCAUUAUGCUCUUCAACUGAUGUUUCCUUUAUUCGAGAAAGCGUUCUGCCAGAAAACAAUAUUGUCAAGUUUCUAGUUUUGGAACUCCACAGAAUCUGGACUGAGCUGGGCUGAUGAGUUUGAUUUUGAAUAUCAAAUGCUCACCAAGCGUGAAGAGUUUUUCUGAAAGGAAAAUAUUGAUCUAUAGGGAUUAUACCAAUUGUAAAUGGAGCCCAUGAAUAAGAUCAGUACAUUCACAAGCAAGCAAACAUUCUGUUUUAUCCUGGCUAAUUAGUAUAGUCACUUAUUGUCAUUAGUUUAUUCCAGAAGUGAUUAAUUUCACUUUGUUUAUCAGGUACUUGAGACUGCCUUAUAUGGCGAUUUAGCUUUGUUCAAAGAGCAUCCGGAACUAACAGAUGCUUCAGUUGGAGUCUUCUUCUGAAUAAUUCACCAAGACCAAGCCACAUGGAAGUGCUUCAGAAAGGACGAGAAUGUUUAAUUAGCGUUAGGAAAAAUUGAUAGUAAUAAUCUCAAUUAUUGGUGGUCCGCUCAUAAUAAUCCCAACUAUCGAUUAUUUCAGAAUAAUCCCAACUUUAGGGACCCUCUGCCAAUAAUGUCCCUGUAAAUAAAUUUAUGUAGUUUCUAAAGCAAAUGAGAAGAGAUAUAGCCAGUAAUCCUUAUAAAUAAUCCUAACUUUUAAUUUUUACGCUCAAUUUCUAUUUAAAAUUCACUUGUUAUAAGAGGUAAUAUAUGGUCAUGGACCGUUAUUGGCGGACCGUCCAUAUAGUUGGGAUUAUACAAAAAUAAUCAAUAGUUGGGAUUAUUAUCAGCAAACUGGCAAUUUUUGAGAUUAUUAUUUUCAAUUUUUCCUUUCUUUAUAAAUAUACUCCCUUUUCAUUAUUCUCAAACAAUGUCAUAAGUUGUUGGCUUUAGAAUGUGCUCCCUCAUAAUGUGAGACUUAAUAAGCUCAUAUAUCCAUAGAUUAUAAAAAAGCAAACUGCAAGUUUACAAGAACUAUGUGAAAUGCCAAUUCCAAUUUAUCUUUUGAUUUUUGUAUCGAUAAAAAAGUAAUGACAAAAUAUUAAUGUACUAUAAAUAACAUUGGGCACCAGCAUACUUGUGCAACGCGUGAUACUAAAACCAAUUUUUAUUAUAUAAGGGUAUGGAAUCUUUUUUUUUCUAUAAAGGGUAUGGAAUCUAAAUCUAUGAUUUUUUUUUAAUUACUAUUUUUCUAAACUCAAACCGAACAUAGAAGACUAUUGUCCAAUAUCAAAAUAUAGCAAACCUUUAUUCAAGAUUGCAGGAAUGAUCUAUAUAAGAAUAACCUCAAGUCCUCAACAUAAUCAUGAAAAAAUUGGGAGCAAUUUGGUAAGGGUUAAAGUUAAAGAGUAUUAGAAAGGGAAGUCUGGUACACAUUGGCAUAUCCUCAAGGCGAGAAUCUGGGAAGGGUCCCACCAUAAGGGUGUAUAGAUGCAAUCUUGUAAACUUAUAACUUAUUAUGCAAAUUUGUUGUAUAGCAUGGUUAAUGUAUAACAUUGCUUACAUUUACAAAUUUCACAUCUUGAUACACAGGAUGGUGUGGAAGAGGAUACACCGGAUAGCGCAGUUGGUGUUUGAUAUGUACUUUUCUCACGCUAAUUGUCAGGCUUGGUUCUAUAGACUAAGGGUAUAUGAUGUCCUUGUCGCAUAAACUAUGUCACUAUUACAAUGUAUAUGCUGGAUGUUUUGUUUAAGUAGCGUGCAAAAUGUAAAUGAAUCAAUCUCUCUAUAAGAUGGCUAGUGAAAAAUAAUAAUUACAUUUAUAUGAGUUGAUAUUUCAUGAAGUCUUUUUGAAAAUCUAAUAUUGCUACUUCUUG